UAUCAUCAGCAAUUGGUCAGAGGCUGAACUUUCCCACAAGAGAGUGGAAGGCUUUUGUAAUACAGUAUUCACAAGAACAUGCUCCAGAGCUCAGCUGUUGUACUUUUCAUUUAACCUCUUCAGGCAAGAAGUCAGCAGCUGCUUCAUGAUGGACCCCAUUUCUAGAUCAAUUACUGAGUUUUGCCUUGAUCUCUACAAUAAGCUCAACAGAAAUGCAAAGGACACAAACAUUGCCUUCUCUCCAAUGAGCAUCUCUGUUGCCCUGGGCCUGGUCCAUCUAGGUGCAAGAAACAACACUGCUGCUCAGAUAGAGAAAGUGCUCCACAUCAGGAAAGAUGCGGGAAGAAUGAGCUUUGGAUCUGAUCUUGAGAGUGCAGCCCUAGAAAUGGAGCCAGAACGAAGCCAGGAGAGACAGUCAUCCCUCUCACAGUGUAACAAGGAUGGGAACCUUAACCAUCAAGUGUUUCAGGCACUGCUUCUACAAUUGCAAAACCUUGGUGAAGGCUAUGUUUUAUCCCUGGCCAACAAUCUCUUUAUACAACAAGGAUUUGAACUCCGGCAGCAAUUUCUAACGUGCGCUAAGGAACUGUAUGCAGCAAUGCUGCAAACAGUGGACUUUCACAGUGCUGUUGAAGUUGCCAGAAUAAAAAUCAACAGUUGGGUUGAAAGUGAGACACAAGGUAAAAUCAAGGAACUCUUUGCUCCUGGUGUGAUCGACAGACGUGCAGUGCUGGUUCUGGUGAAUGUCAUCUACUUCAAAGCAUCCUGGGAAUACAAGUUUGAGGAACAAAAAACAGUACAGAAAGAUUUUAAACUGAAUCAGAAUGAGAAAAAACCUGUACCGAUGAUGUAUCAGAAAGGCAUGUUUAAAUUGGGCUUCAUUGAGGAGAUGGGUGCUCAGGUCCUUGAACUCCCUUAUGCUCAGAAGACACUGAGCAUGAUCAUCCUGCUGCCAGGUGACAUGGCUGAUGGAUCUACCAGUGGGCUGGAGCAGAUUGAAAGCACAAUGACCUGUGAAAAUUUAGUGCUGUGGACCUCUUCAGAGCACAUGUUUGAGACAAGAGUAGAGGUGUACCUCCCCAGAUUCAAGCUUGAAGGCACCUUUAGCCUCAAUGAGUUAUUAAAAGAGAUGGGGAUGACUGACAUCUUCACUGAAUCAAAAGCUGAUCUUUCUGCAAUGUCGUUUACCAAUACUCUGGUGCUGUCAAAUGUUGUCCAUAAGACAUAUGUGGAAGUCAAUGAGGAAGGCACCGUAGCAUCAGCUGCUACAGGAGCUGUCGCUGUGGCAAGGUCUCUUCCUCUCACAGAGGUCUUUAUGGCUGACCACCCUUUCUUGUAUUUUAUUAGAUACAAUCCUACCAAUACUAUUCUUUUCUUUGGCAAAUUCUGCUCACCUUAAAAUCAGGGCCAUUUUUUAACAUUGUGAGAAAAACACGGAUAAAAAUCAGAAAUGAAUGUUUUUUUCUCAAUGCAUUCUUAACCCUUUGACAGCUAGUUUAUUUUCAAAGUAACCACUGCAAGCAGUUUAGCUCAGAACCAAUCAAUUGGAUGCUCUGCCACUAGGAUUACUGAAUUGCAAAUACUGAUCUGAAUCCAGAACAGGAGUAAAUUUUGCCUUAACUUUAGUGGAUGUGAAUAACACUUUGUUUCCUUAAUGCCCAUGUAUGCCUCUGCAUUCCUUACAGUUCGCCAGCCCAACCAUGUAGUAUAGUACCCAGCCAUGUAGUAUAGGGCUUGCAAAGGUGGAAUUGGUAUGCUACUGUCUGAGGAAAAUUGUCUGCAGCAAUUUUCAGUAACUGCCAGUAAAAAAAGAGUAGCCCUUGUUCUGUGUUUUUUGAUUUCUGGUCAGCUGGACCCUGGUCAGCAGAGAGGUGAUGUAGGGAUACUUUUUCUUCCUCUGCAUUCUGUAGCUGUGGCAAAUCCUUUGCAUGGUGGAGACCUGGCCAUGCUAAUUCCCUUUCCUGUAGCAACUGCCAAGCAGUUAAUACUUGUUUACAGUAAAUAGACCUGUUUUCUGAUUAUUGUAUCACUUUCUCCCCAGUGAUGUGUAAUGGUUCUGCCUUUAUGCUACUCUGCAUUAUAUAAAAAGCUUAUACUAGAA